GAGAGGCGAGGGCGCCGCGUCCGUGGGCCGGGAGGGACGCCUGGCACAGCCGCCCCGAGCCCGAGCGGCUCUCCCGGGGCGGGACCCGGCGGCUCUCGGUGUGUGCGGCUCCCAGCCUGAGCUGCGCGCCGAGGCUGUGGAAGGAACCUCAGCGCCUCGUAGGGCGAGUUAUCCUUCACGCCGCUUCGGCGUCCUGUCUUCAGCAUUCCCUGAGAGCUCUGCAAAAAAGUCGGACCGUGUCGCGGGAGGCCUGAAAUUCCUCUUGCUAGUCUUCCGUUAUGUUAAAUGCUUCGCAAACCAGAGCAAAGGAAGAGACAUGAAGAGUUGAAUUUCACUGCCUUGUUUGGAACUGGGUGGAAAUCCUGGAGAUGGAUCUCUUAGGAGACUGUCUUCCAAUUGGGUUAGAUGCACAGGAGCAAUGGAUCGCCCCAGCUACCUGGAAGAGGACUAUUCUAGCCUGGAUGGGCUGGACGAUGACGUGUUUCACUCUGAUGACUUUGGACUUGCAGGUCAGCCUGGUGAGAUGACUGCAACUGGCAUUUUCACACAGAACCAGUCCUACAGCUGCCUUCUGGGGAGGUUUCAACUAUUCCCCCUCACACACUGCUGUGGUCCCGGUAUCAGGCAUCCUGAGCAGCAGGACAAGGCAACUCAAACACUCAGCCCAUCCUCUUCCAGUCAGGAUGUUAUGUUGCCUUGUGGAGUCACUGAGGAGCCCCGGAGACUCUUCUAUGGCAAUGCUGGUUACCGUUUACACGUUCCUCCAGUUGGCUUUGCAUUGGAUCCGCACCUCCAAGAGGAACCUCAGGAAGGUCAGCGGGAAGCACGUGCCGAGGUGCAGAUUGCACGGAAGUUGCAGUGCAUUGCCGACCAGUUCCACCGGCUCCACAUACAGAGGCAUCAGCAGAACAGAAAUCAAGUGUGGUGGCAGCUUUUUCUCUUCCUACACAACUUGGCCUUAAACGCGGAGGCGAACAGGAACCACACUGGGCAGAGGUGAGCUUCGCCCGCCUGUUUCAGGCCGCAUCCAGUCUGCAGGGAGCACUGAACAAACACUGGUUCGGGGGCGAGACAUUGCACACCGCCGGCCGGAUGUGAGGACUCUGAAUUUCUGAUACUCGUCUUCAAGUUUGGGGGUUUUUACGGACUCUUCUUUGCUGCUGCCUGCCUCAUGAGGCAGGGAGCUCUUGUCCAACACUGUCGAAGGAAAGCCAGAAUGUGGGUGUGUUUGGUAAAGCUUGCUGCUGGUUCCCCGUGCCGGUGACCUCUGUGCAAGGGAGGCAGGUAUUAGACUAACGGCUUCCUCUACCCUGUGUGUUAGUCAGUGGUAGAGUGCAGGAGUGUCAUUUUGGCUGCUAGUUAAAAAUGAUGUCUGGGACUGAUGAGUCUGAACACACUUUCGGUAUCUUCCAGAGCAGAGAUGCUUGAUUCCUCCACAAAGAAAGUUCUUCUUAGCAAUGAAAACAUUCAAGUAGCUUAUAUCCAUCAGGUUACUUGUUUUCUGCAUGGGUUACUGUUUAUUUCCUUGCACCCUGCGUGAGAGAAAAUCACAAAGAAAUCUGAUCUCUCCGACCUUUCAAUUGGGCACCAGUUGCAGCUCUCUCACAUGAAGUUGCUCCUUGUCAUUGCCAUCAAUAGACAAAAUCAUUUCAGUAGAACAGUCUUAAAAUUAAACCCUCUUGGGGUUGCUGGUGGCUAUUAGUUUCUGCCACUGUUUGCUUCCAGUUCAGAGUUCACAGUGCCCGUGAGCCGGCAUGAAGCCAGAACCCAUGGAAUAUAACACAAGCGUCAUUCUUCUAGAAUGCUAAUGUAUAUGUUUUUAUUAGUUUUAUGAUGGGUGUUUAUGUUGUUUUGUUUUUCUCUUACUAUAAUGUGGUUGGUCAGGAAGGCUUAGGUCCCAGGCAUCCGAUAGUUUUGCUUCAGGAUUUGACAGGGAAAUUAAUUAGCAACUAGUCUGAUGUGUACACUGCACAAGCAGUCUGUCCAUUACUCUAGUAUGUAAUGGUUGGAGGCUGCUGUAAGCAUCUAUUGACUAGCAGCAAUAAUAUUACUUCAAGGGAGAUCUUCUAACAGUUCCCGGUUUGCAUGCGCUCAGAAGUUUGUCCAUAUGCCUGACACUAGUGGACCAGCACAGGGAAAUUACCCUCCCAAAAGGAAGUAGCCUUAAAUAUCGAUGGCUACUUCUCUGUAGCCUUAAAUAUCAUUAGUUCGCAAACCCAGUGAUGACUAGGGUAAAACACAAACAGAAAAGCAAUACAGACUUUAUUUUCUUCAGACCAUUUCCACAUUGCCACUGCACCUUUUUAUAGGUCUCAAAGGAUACAACCAGCAUGAGGAAGAGCUGUCCGGAGAAUUGCUUUUCAGUCCUGUUACAAAUGUUGACUUCAGGUGUUGAGGAAUUCGGAAUUCUUCUGCUCUUGGUCCGCUCUGAAAAAUAAGCAUUACUGUACGGGAAGAGUAGUUUACUUGCACACACGCUUUCUCCUCCACCCUUCUCUGCAUACCCUUCUCUAAUUCAUGCUUUCUCUGGUAUUUGUAUAGUCUCAUCAUUGCACUGUAGUGUCUGGUAACAAUUUGCUGAACACAGUUAAAUUUGGAUUUUCUCCCUCUCUCCCAGCCCCAUUCUCUUGAUUUGCAUCCUGCUUUACUGUGUCAAAAUGUGCUUUUGCUCCCUGAAAGAGGUCCCCAAGCCUUUUUCACUUUCAUAUAUUCACAGUCACUCUCUUUCAACAUAAGGAGAGUUUAUGUGAGAAAAGCUUUUUUUCCUCCUCUUAUGUUAUUUUUCUAGCUAGAGCUAGAGUAAUAUGUUUGUCCAUGAUGGUUAAUAAUUCAUAUAAAUGAAU